GAAAACCUUUCGACUUCCUUUUCCGGUUUCCGUCUCGCCGCAGUCGUUUCCACUUCCCAACACUCUUUACCUUCAGCUGAAUAUCGUUUACUUCCCGUCGGAAGAAUAUGUAACCUCUAGAUCGGAGAAGUCGACCUGUAAUCGUCGCCAUGGAAGCAGAAUCUCCGGAGUUGGUACUCACAAUCUCAGAGUUGGUUAGCCGUGGCCGAGCCUUCACCGCCGCGUCGUCUCUAGGGUCCUCUCCCGCCGGCGCUUCGGUCAGUCAUUCGUCUUUGGUAGGUAAAUUGGAUGACGAAAAUCCACGUCCUAAGCCGCCGCCGCCGCCGCCGCCGAGGAAGCCAUUCCUGAAUCCAACCGGUACAAACCCUAGCCCUAGAGUCCUUGAACCUCUGAACCGUGCCGCGAUUUUGAUAGGGACCAUAACUCUUCCUCCCGAGAGUUUACAUUGUCCGCACAGGAGUUGCUUUCAGUUCUCUGAUGAUUCCUCUGCUAGCGUUUGCUGUGACGUUCUUGACUUUCGGGUACAGUUAGUCGGAAGGAGAAUUCGCGUCCUCGCUUGGAAUUUUCUCCCUCUUAGGCAUGGAAACGGUGGAUUUUUGGAGAUUGUCAGGUGGGAUUUCCUGGAAUCCGGCUGUGUCCUCUCCCGAUGUACAAAUGUAGAUCCGAUUCCGCUUAUUUCUUCUUUGCCUUCUGCUCCUCCCCCUCCUCCUCCCCCUCAAGAAGGGAAAUCGAAGGCUUGUUAUAGUAUCCAUGGCCCAGUAGACUCAGUAAGCCCUGUUUCUGAUGUUCCUUGCUCAACCGGGACACUGAAGGCGCAGAAGCUCCGUGGCUUUAUCGCUCGGAUUAUGGUUUGUCUGUGUCAGUUAUGUAGUUGUAAAGAAGUCACUAAGGUUCUGCAAAAUGUAGCUAAGAAAGAAGAUCAUCGCUUUACAGAAGCCAAGUUUGUAUAUUUUGUUGGUGCUUCUUCUUGUUGGCAACCGGUGAUCAUGAAGCUUGUAGGGAGUGUUAUCAUGUUAUCAGGGCUGAAGAAGAAGUUGGUUUUCAUUGGCGAAAAGGAGUCUCAAUUGAUGUUUGUGACCACUGAAAACUCCACUCUGCAAUUGCCAAAGUUGUAUAGGAAAUGGUUAUUGUUUCCGGAAACCCCUAUCAAGGGUAGAGGGGAACGUGGUGUUUACUCCGGCAUUAUCAGAGGAAUCUAUAUGCAAGGGAUGGUUAUGGAGCUGGAUAAAGAAGUUUGGCUCUUGCUGACCGAUCAUUUCCUUACCUUGCCUCACAGCCUUAGAGUUGGCGCAGUUAUUUCCGUGAAGAAUGCUCACUUUGUAAAUCCAAAAUUUCAUUGGACCAAAAUGCUGAUACUUGGAACAUGCAUCAAAUCUAACAUAUCUGUGGAGUCAUUCUCGCCCUUGGAUACCAGAUGCCUUAUGGUAUCCCAAUCACAGAGCCAGCUGGGAAUUUUCAUCGAGUCCUUGAGAUUUUCUGUCAAGCUAUGGGCACUUGUCACUGUUGCUUGUUUCCAGAAAAAGUUUGGUGGAACUUUAUCCGAGAAGGAGAUAGUGGGAUCCAAAAAUAGGAAAGGACUGGUGCAGAUGUUUAUCAGCAGACAACUAUCGCCUUUAGGGGUUCGAGCUCUGGUAAAUGGCAUGGAGUGUUUUCUGAGUUAUGCACACAUUGUGCAAAUGGGUGUGGUAGCCAGCCAUACAUUGAAAACCUUAAAUUGGUGGUGCCAAUAUCUAUUUUACUUCAUAAUUGUGAGGUCUUAUGGACUGAAUCACAGUUUCAGCUGGAGAACAACCACGAUACUUCCUCGGGCAGUUCUCAUUCGAGCUUAUUUCCAGAUCAAAUGCCAUCAUGUCAGCCAUUGAGGAGGGUCUUUUCAAGUGAAGAGAUAGGCUUUUUCUUGCUUGGAAAUCUGAAGGUUGGUGUGGUGAUCUAAUUUUGGUUACUAUUUCUGUUUUUCUAUCUCUGGAAGAAGGUAAGUCUGAAAAACGAGUGUAUAUAUGAAGUCUAUGGGACCUUGUCGGAGGAAAGUUGUAGCAGAAUGUUCUGUUCCAUGAGUGACUGGCUCUGCGGGGAUACAUGUCGAUGCAUUAAUAAAUGAAAAAGGACUGUUCAAUGCCAAAAUUUCUUCUGCUUCUGGAAGGCUACAGUUAGUAGAUGCCACUGGCAGCAUUGAUGCCAUAGUGCCAGACCUUCCAUCAACUUGGAACAUCAACACUAUCUAUAAGGUUGUAAACUUUAGUAUUAUCGUCGAGGGCAAGCCGAAUUCGCCAUGUCAAUCAGAGCUGCUUCACCAUCGUUCUAUCUCUUGCAGACAUAUAUUUCACUUAACACCUUCAGCUAGAGAAACAAACUUGUCGGUUUAUGCUUAUUUCUGCUUAAGGAAUGCUGGAUGUCAAAAUGGUCCCUUCUAUCAUUCUUUGUGCAGCAGUGAUAGUAGCAAGGAGCUCCAAAGUGGAAAUUUCCAUGUACUAUUAGUCACACAUAAGCAUCCUCUUGUACAAAAGUUUCAAGGUGUCCCAGUUAUAUCAGAUGGGUGUACUGCAUUCGCUGAGGCCAUUGUCUUGUCUUGGGAGCUGUUUCUUUCUGGUAAAGAUGGAAAUAGACAUUCAAGUAAGCUCUCAAACAAUGAAAUGAAUGCUUGCUCACAACAUGGCGGUUAUCCCAAUAAGAAGUAUAAAUCUGAUGCAAUAUCAGGCCACUCAGAUGUUUCACUACCAACAGAUAACCCAAGAUAUUUUGGCAAUGAACAGAAUUGUUAUUCUUCUUCUGUCAGUGAUUCCACCAACUCAACAUGUAGCAAUCUUAUUUCUCCUGAGAUUUUUUGUUCUGCCACUAUAAGAACUGCCAGUAGUGACAACUUGGAUGUCUUAGGGAAGUUCUGCACACAAUGUAAUAUGAAGAAUAGGGUUAACCAUGAGCCAAGAACACAGAAGGUGCUGCUGGAAUUUGAUUCGACAAAUAAUUUCAAGUAUCAGUUGUUGCAGAUUGGUGUAUUUUACAUCAUAAAACAUCAUGCAGAAGACUGUCUGUGUGCUAGUAAGGGGUGUAACAAGUUUAGCAGUGGUAAGGUUCUUGUUAAUUCCAACAUACAUCUAUGGAGCCUUUCUUUCUCUGCUGAUGAGGGUUUCCCAAAUAAUAAACUAUCAAAGUAUCCCUCCCCGAGGGAUGGGACUUCCUGCAAUGGGGACAGCCAGGCGGGAGAUGACAUUGAGCUACUUCUGCGGAAUAAAACGUUCAGUUCUCCUGAAAUUUGUGCAGAUGUUUGUCUUUAUCUUCCUGCCAGUGUAAUAUGUGUAUUGGAGGCAAAGCAUAAAGAAAGCAUCGGACUUCUUUCUGUGCCUUUUGAUAAGGACGAGAAUCUUGGUGAUAUGAGUGGCAUAUUUCAUGUGGGACGAUUAAUAUCUAUAAGUGGAUGUGUGAUAUCCAUCCACGGUUUGGAUUGCGAUUGUCCACAUCUUAAUUCAGGGAAUGAAUUGACAGAUGGUAUUCCUCAAGCAAGAGCUUUUCAGGGGAUUAAAAGUUCUGUUCAUAUGCUGGUUUUGGUGGAUGAUCAAAUGGUGUGCAUUAUUGGAUCAGUAAGCAGACAAUCAUAUCCUGUUGGAUUUGGCCCAGGUGUCACUGCAUCCUUUUAUCGGGUUCUAAAAUCGAGGGGAUCCAAUAGAUUGAUGCUCACACCUGUUUCAUUUAUAGUAGUCAACUCUAUUAGGGUUGCACCUGAAUUAGAUGCUGAUAAAGCUGCCAACAACACUUUGGUAACGAAGGCAUUUACUGUUGAUGAAUCUGCCAGCAACCCUUUGGUAACGAAGAAUUUUUCUACUUCAUCUUUGAAUAAUGUUACCUUUGGAAUGUUGUCAGAGCUCCAUCAGUUCCUAGAUAGCAAGCCCAUGCGAUUCAAUUGCAGGGUAGUUAGCAUCCAUGUUUUGGUUCUAGAGAAGAGAAGGAAACGUGAAAGUCUAAACCCAAAUGUUCACUCAGUGGCACACUUUCUGGACAUUCCUCUAGCAGGAUUUCUUCUGGAUGAUGGAUCCUCAUCAUGCUUUUGCUGGGCUAGUGGUCAAAGAGCAGCAACUCUAUUACGGCUUCAUGAGGAACUCUCCCUUAGAGCUUUGGGUGGCUACUCGUUGAAGUGGAUGGCGAUGGGAAAUGGUCCAUUUAGAUCCAUAAUGCAUCAUCUCGAAAGAAUAGUAAACAAGCAUAACAGAGUAACUAUCAAGAACUGUGGACCACCAGCCGAUUCCUGCUAUCAAGAUCUCACUGUCUCAGUCAGUUCGGGUAGUACUCUCAGUGCCUUUGACGAGUACUUCCUAAAAUUCAUCGCCUUCAAUUCUUGCUUUGGUUCGAUCUUGGCUGUGGCUGGAAGCUUGAUGGAUGCGAAUACUGUUGUGGAGCUAGAGACCGAGCAGCUUAAACAUACCGGAACGACUAUUCCUGCUGGUCAAAACAUGUGGGCAUCAGAGGUUUGUUUCCCUGAUACUCUCACUGAUGCCAGGCGCAUGAUGCAAGAGCUCUUAGAUAGUUAGUUGACAUGUGGUCAUCAUUAGGUAUUUCUUUCAUAUCACCUUGUAAUGUUAGUCAAAUUGGUCUUAGAGAUCAUGUAAGCGUUAUACAAGCUAACAGGUCUAAGAAGGACACGAUGCAUCAAUGAUAUGAGAACAAAAACGCUAUGAGCAUGAUUAGUCGUAUCAUACAGAAGUUUUUGCACCGCCAGGUACAGAUGACAAGCAGUGAACAAAAACAAGACAUGCCAUUUCUUUGUUCUUCUUCACAAACACAUUGCGAAAUGCGAAUAUACAUUCAUUUCUUUUUAUAUGGUACAGCCUAACUUGUGACUCUGUUGGUAAACCUAACAUGCAACAUCAUCAACCGCAUCUCCUCUAAUCUUCCAGUGUCAGAGAGAGAAUCGAGAUGGCGUAGAUUCCUGAUGCUUGUAGUCCCCUGAAACGUCCAUCAACUGUUCUCUGAUGGACGAAACAAGACGGGAAGCUUCCUGGUCGAAAACUACGGAAUACCUUGGCAAACUCUAGAGAAAUAACCAACAUGCUCAUUUAUAUUCAUUGAAAUCAUACGUUGCUUCUGUGUCUUGCUUCUGUGUCUGCAGAGGUUGUCAAACGAAGACUGUCAACUGGAAAUGGCAGAAAAUGAGAAGGUAUUUCCGUAUUUGGAUAAACUCACAUGGUAUAUAACUUGCCCUGCAGCUGCCCCGUUAUUCACUAGUAAGUUGAAUGAAUCUGAGCCAAUGACCUUUCAUUAGAGCAUUCGCAAUAAAAGGUGCCUUUGAACACAUUGCUGCCACCAA